AAGUCUCAUAUUUUAGUGGCUUAAAUAGUAACUUGUUUUUUUUUUUCGAUUUUCAGACAUCAUUCUGUUAAAAAUUUCAUGAUUUUUGUGCUAUUUUAUAUUGUAAAUUGUAUACGUAUUAAUUAUUAUGACAAAAUAAUUAUUUUAGGCCUAGUAUGCUGAUUUAUUUUUAGCCGCAAGUUAGUAAGUAUAAAGUAGAUUAUGCCUAGCCAACUUUUUUUUAUUAUGACGUUAGAGAGUUUCCAACUAAUUUUAAUAUAAGUGUAUGUUUUCUGAAAGUUAGAAUUAGUUAAAACAUAAAUCUUGUUAAACGUAUUGAGUCAAUCUAUAUAAUAAAAAUUGACAUUUAUUGUUGACAUUAUUUAUUAAUUAUAUAAUUAAAUUUUGAGAACUGAAAUUUAAACUAAAUAGUAAAGUGUUAGUUAACAGUGUGAUGUUAAGCCAAGGCUUUACAUUAGGAUAAAAGCAAUUUCCUGUGACAUAAAAGAACAAGAUGGCUGAGCAUGGAAAUAACACUGGAUUGAAUGCAAGGAUCACAUCACAUGAAAAUGGUGAUAGUCAAGAAAAUGCUGAUGUAGGUCUUGCUUUAGGGGAUAUAAGUGAAGAACAUGGUGUAGAAGACCCCGAACUAGAAGCCAUCAAGGCAAGAGUCAGGGAAAUGGAAGAAGAGGCAGAGAAGUUAAAGCAGAUGCAAAAUGAAAUGGAAAAACAAAUGAACAUGAGCCCACCAACUGGGUCAUUGGGCUUGUCACUUGAAGAGAAGAUAGAAGUAGAUGCUAGGUCUGUUUAUGUAGGAAAUGUGGACUAUGGUGCCACAGCUGAAGAAUUAGAACAACAUUUUCAUGGAUGUGGAUCUAUUAAUAGAGUCACUAUUUUAUGUGAUAAAUUCUCAGGACAUCCAAAAGGCUUUGCUUAUGUUGAAUUUGCUGACAAGGAUUCAGUACAAACAGCUAUGGCCUUAGAUGACUCUCUUUUCAGAGGAAGACAGAUAAAGGUGAUGGUGAAAAGAACGAACAGACCAGGUAUCAGCACCACUAAUCGAAUUCCAAGAGGAAGAUUCAGGAAACCUUCCGCUCUUUUUAUUAUGGUUAUCGACCAAUGAGGAGAACAUACAGGAAUAGACGAUCCUGGUACUACUCCCCGUACUGAGCUGACUUGUCGAUCUGAAGUACUCCAGUGAAACUUGUGGUAAUCUUAUCUUUUUGUACACCAUCACUUAUUUUAUGAAACGUACCAAAGUCUUGGCCUUAGAUUAUUUCACUGGUUACAUUACUUACACGAAAUAUGAAGAUAUGAAAUUAUAUUAUUUUAAUGUUUUAUUAUCACCUAAUAACAUCUAAAUCUUCUUGUCUUCCGUUAAAACUUUUAUUUCUUUUUUUUGACACAUAGCUUCAAAGUGCUUACAUAUUUUGCAAGUAGUUUUCAAUUAAGACUAGUUGAUUCUAGUUUUUAAAAGUUAACUGUGCUACUUUUUUCAUGAAUGUGAAGUUGAUUGUGGUAAUUAAUGUUUAUUAUUUCACUGAUGAGUCUAAGGAUUUCCCCAAGGCAGUCAGCAUUGUGUAUAGUAAGCUAACAGGUAAAAUUUAAAUUCUCUCUCUAAUAAAACUUUUGUGUGUGAUGUCUAAUUCUGACUAAUGUAUUGUUAGAUAAUGAUGAAACCAGUAUUUUUCAAUCUGUAAUGAGACCAUUUGAUUGCAGUUUUCUUUUGUGAACUGUUUAGCUAACAUAUGCUCUGAAAGAAAAUCAAUACCUGUUAUUCUUGUUUUUUCUAAUACAAAACUGAAUUCUGCUUAAUUAGCUUUGUUAGGCCUUUUUUUUUUCUUUAGUAACUGGUAAUUCAAAAGUUUUAUAAAAAUUGUUUGAGUUUUAUUGAAUCAUAAUGUAUGCACCUAUAUUAAAUCAUGAACAUACUGUUUCAGCUUGUUCUUACCAGAACAUUUUUUUUUAUUCAGCCCUUAACCCUUGUUUAAUUAGAUUUAUGUACCUCAUUAUUAGAAUAAUUGGAAUCUAUCUUGACUGUGCAGAUCAUAGGCAUCUUGUUGAGAAGAAAAUUCAUUAUCCACAGUAACUUACCAACACCAAUGUAGUAUUAAUUUAUAAAACUCAGAAAAAAAUGUGUAUCAACUAGUAUUUUCAUAUUUUUCUUUGAACCCCCCCCCCCCCUUGUUAUACAGACCAUAAAUAAAGAUGUCUAACCAUUCAACAUCAUUAUGAUAGGUAAUCUAAUAUCAUAAUUCUAACACUUAGGUACAAGAAUUGGCAUUCUGUAUAGUUUUUACUGAUGCAUUAUAUAUUAGUUAAAUAUACAAAUGUAUUAGUAGUCAACUGGCUCAAAAAAAGCAUUUAAAGGUAUUUUAAAUAUUUGAGAAAAGUUGGAAAAAUUUUUUAUUUAAAAUGUAUCUAUUUCCAUUGUAAUCCCUUCUCUACCAGACUAUUGCUGGUAUUUGACUGAAAUAUUCUUCUGACUAUAACCAAAGAGUAUGAAAAAAAACAAAGUCCAAACCUUCUUUUUUUUUCAUUAAUUGGUUUUGUUUGGUUGAGUAAAACCAACUGCAAAAUAAAGCACUGAAAA